UCUUCCCCGAAGAAAACCAGAGCAAAGAGCUCAUCGUUGAGAUCGAGAGAGAGAGAGAGAGAGAGAGAGAGGAGGAGAGGAGGAGAGAUGGAGAGGUUAUCUCGAAUCUUCGGAGCGGGGGGGAUGGGGCACCCACCCAGCGACGCCCCUCUCCUCGACUCCUCCGAGCAGGUCUACAUCUCCUCCCUCGCCCUCCUCAAGAUGCUCAAGCACGGAAGGGCCGGGGUUCCCAUGGAGGUGAUGGGGCUCAUGCUCGGCGAGUUCGUGGACGAGUACACGGUGCGCGUCGUCGACGUCUUCGCGAUGCCGCAGAGCGGAACAGGGGUUAGCGUCGAGGCCGUCGAUCACGUCUUCCAAACAAACAUGCUCGACAUGCUCAAGCAAACUGGAAGACCGGAAAUGGUGGUGGGUUGGUACCACUCUCAUCCUGGCUUUGGUUGUUGGCUCUCUGGUGUUGACAUAAAUACCCAGCAGAGUUUUGAAGCCUUAAAUCCUAGGGCGGUUGCAGUGGUUGUAGACCCAAUCCAAAGUGUAAAGGGGAAGGUGGUUAUUGAUGCUUUCCGGUUGAUUAAUCCUCAGACUAUGAUGCUAGGCCAAGAGCCUCGCCAGACCACAUCCAAUGUUGGACACCUCAACAAACCAUCCAUUCAGGCAUUGAUUCAUGGAUUGAACCGACAUUACUACUCCAUAGCCAUUAAUUAUCGUAAAAAUGAGCUGGAGGAAAAGAUGUUACUGAAUUUGCAUAAGAAGAAGUGGACGGAUGGUUUGAUGCUGCGGCGAUUCGAUACACAUGCCAAAACUAAUGAGCAGACUGUGCAGGAAAUGCUGAAUUUGGCUAUCAAGUACAAUAAAGCAGUCCAGGAGGAGGACGAACUGCCGCCUGAGAAGCUGGCAAUCGCUAAUGUAGGGCGGCAAGAUGCAAAGAAGCACCUGGAGGAGCACGUCUCGAACUUGAUGUCAUCCAACAUCGUGCAGACUCUCGGAACGAUGCUAGACACUGUUGUAUUUUAAUGUUGGUAUGACUUUCAAAGCACGUGCUUAUUGCUUGGGAUUAUGUUGAUCUAAGUUUCUCUACCUGUUCCGUGAAAAGAAACUUUGGAAAUUUUGACGUCGAAUGAUUUUAUAGUUGUGGUCGUCAGAGAAACACUUGUAAAAAGUUACAUCUUCUGGGUCCUCUGUCAAAUUACUCUUCGUCAACUCUAAUAUCUUGUUUAUUAUGAUACUUCUCUCGAUACAUUAUUUGAAGGAUUUUUGGUGUGCGACUUCAA